GGCGGCGGCGGCGGCGGGGGGCGAGGGGGCCCGGGCGCGCGGGAGCGGGAGCGGCCCGGGGAGCCCGGGCGCGCCAUGGAGGCGGCGGCGGGCGGCCGCGGCGGCUUCCAGCCGCACCCGGGGCUGCAGAAGACGCUGGAGCAGUUCCACCUGAGCUCCAUGAGCUCCCUGGGCGGCCCGGCCGCCUUCUCGGCGCGCUGGGCGCAGGAGGCCUACAAGAAGGAGAGCGCCAAGGAGGCGGGCGCGGCCGCGGUGCCGGCGCCGGUGCCCGCGGCCGCCGAGCCGCCGCCCGUGCUGCACCUGCCCGCCAUCCAGCCGCCGCCGCCCGUGCUGCCCGGGCCCUUCUUCAUGCCGUCCGACCGCUCCACCGAGCGCUGCGAGACCGUGCUGGAGGGCGAGACCAUCUCGUGCUUCGUGGUGGGCGGCGAGAAGCGCCUGUGCCUGCCGCAGAUCCUCAACUCGGUGCUGCGCGACUUCUCGCUGCAGCAGAUCAACUCGGUGUGCGACGAGCUGCACAUCUACUGCUCGCGCUGCACGGCCGACCAGCUGGAGAUCCUCAAAGUCAUGGGCGUCCUGCCGUUCUCCGCGCCCUCGUGCGGGCUCAUCACCAAGACGGACGCCGAGCGGCUGUGCAACGCGCUGCUCUACGGGGGCGCCUGCCCGCCGCCCUGCAGGAAGGAGCUGGCGGCCAGCCUGGCGCUGGGCCUGGAGCUGAGCGAGCGCAGCGUGCGCGUGUACCACGAGUGCUUCGGCAAGUGCAAGGGGCUGCUGGUGCCCGAGCUGUACAGCAGCCCCAGCGCCGCCUGCAUCCAGUGCCUGGACUGCCGCCUCAUGUACCCGCCGCACAAGUUCGUGGUGCACUCGCACAAGGCCCUGGAGAACCGGACCUGCCACUGGGGCUUCGACUCGGCCAACUGGCGGGCCUACAUCCUGCUGAGCCAGGACUACACGGGCAAGGAGGAGCAGGCGCGGCUCGGCCGCUGCCUGGACGACGUGAAGGAGAAGUUCGACUACGGCAACAAGUACAAGCGGCGGGUGCCCCGGGUCUCCGAGCCUCCGGCCUCCGUAAGACCCAAAACAGACGACUCCUCUUCCCAGUCCCCUGCGUCUUCCGAGAAGGACAAGCCGUCCAGCUGGCUGCGGGCCCUGCCCAGCUCUUCCAGCAAGAGCCUCAGCUGUGUCCACCCUCGCCAGCGCCUCUCCGCGUUCCGACCCUGGUCCCCUGCGGUUUCAACUGAGAAAGAGCUGUCCCCGCACCUCCCAGCCCUGAUCCGAGACAGCUUCUACUCCUACAAGAGCUUCGAGACGGCCGUGGCCCCCAACGUGGCCCUCGCACCACCGCCCCAGAAGGUCGUGAGCAGCACACCAUGUGCCACCGUCGUGUCCCGGGUGCCGGAGCCUCUCCCCACGUGUGUCCAGCCACGGAAGCGGAAGCUGGCAGGGGACACCCCCGGAGCCCCAGAGAUGCCGGCGCCCGGCGCCGCCCCGGAGGAGGACAAGGACUCGGAGGCCGAGGUGGAGGUGGAGAGCAGAGAGGAAUUCACCUCCUCCCCGUCCUUUGCCUCGUCCAGCUCCGCCAAGGACCUGAGCUCCCCGGGCGUGCGUGCCCCGCCCCCGGCCGCCCCAGACGCUGCGGCCCACGCCGACGCCCCGAGCGGGCUGGAGGCGGAGCUGGAGCACUUGCGGCAGGCCCUGGAGGGCGGCCUGGACACCAAGGAAGCCAAAGAGAAGUUCCUGCACGAGGUGGUCAAGAUGCGGGUGAAGCAGGAGGAGAAGCUGAGCGCAGCCCUGCAGGCCCGGCGCAGCCUGCACCAGGAGCUGGAGUUCCUGCGCGUGGCCAAGAAGGAGAAGCUGCGGGAGGCCACGGAGGCCAAGCGCAGCCUGCGCAAGGAGAUCGAGCGCCUGCGGGCGGAGAACGAGAGGAAGAUGAAGGAGGCCAACGAGUCGCGGCUGCGCCUCAAGCGGGAGCUGGAGCAGGCGCGCCAGGCGCGGGUGUGCGACCAGGGCUGCGAGGCCGGCCGCCUGCGCGCCAAGUACUCGGCCCAGAUCGAGGACCUGCAGGUGAAGCUGCAGCACGCCGAGGCCGACCGGGAGCAGCUGCGGGCCGACCUGCUGCGGGAGCGCGAGGCGCGGGAGCACCUGGAGAAGGUGGUGCGGGGCCUGCAGGAGCAGCUGUGGCCGCAGCCCGAGCGCCCGGGCGGGGAGGGCACCGGCGAGCUGCAGCCCUGACCCCCAGCGGCGGGGCGCCCACCACGUCUUACUGUGCCUACUCCCGAGUGUCGCAGCCGCACUUGGCGUCCACGCGGGAUUUACUGCCCAGGCCGGGGCGAGCCGGGGCGCGCGCACGCCGGCGGCCCGGGGCUGGCCCUCUGCUUGCUGGAACCGGCUAACAUUUACACUUUUGUUAUAAGCUAUUUAAACCAAUAAGGAGACUCGAUGUUCAGAAAAUCAACCUUUUUUAAUGACUGCUUUUCAAAGCCCCAGCACGUGCCGCCGCCGCCGGGGAAGCCAUCGCCGCUCAUCUGUGCCCGCGGCCGCCGCGGCCUCGGAGGUUUCUUCAGUCUAUUUUUUCAGCGACCGGGACCCGCGUCUCCCUGCCGCCCCCGGCAAGGGCAGGGGGAGAGCCGCGUGCGAGAUGAGCCCACCCUGCCCGCCUUACCGCUGCCCGCCGCCGCCAGGAAGGGCAGAGCCACGCAGGGGCCGCCCGCCGCCCCGGCCGUCCUCGGCUCCCCAGGUGCUGGCCUGCGUGGGCCCGAGGCGUGGCCGGGCGCCCCCUGCCCCCGCUUCCUUGAUUUGGGGACUGAGGCUGCAGCGUCAGAACAAAACACAGCAUUACCCCCCCCCCCCCGCCCCAUCCUCGUCGGAACCAGACACGGCAUUACCCCCCCCAUCCUCGUCGGAACCAGACACGGCAUUACCCCCCCCCAUCCUCGUCGGAACCAGACACGGCAUUACCCCCCCACCCCGUCCUCGUCGGAACCAGACAUGGCAUUACCCCCCCCCCCCCGUCCUCGUCGGAACCAGACACGGCGUUACCCCCCCGCCCCGUCCUCGUCGGAACCAGACACGGCAUUACCCCCCCCCCCCCGCCCCGUCCUCGUCGGAACCAGACACGGCGUUACCCGCGCCCCCGCCGGUGUGCGCCCGAGCGCCCGGCAGCUCCGCCCGCCGCCGCGUCGUCCCGGCCGUGCGCGAGGUUUCUCCGGUCCUGGAGCAGUGCCAGCCCUAAGCGCUCCCGUGCUCGGAACCCCUCUGGUGCUUGGUUGAACAAGGGAAUCACAAGAAAACGAAAAUGCAAAACUGAACUCCGGGGCCGCCCUGUGCCUUCCAGCGUCCUGCGCGGCGAGUCCUGACCGCGUCGCCCCGCGCGCCCCCGUCUCCGUGGCGAUGGGAGCUGCCACGCAGAUGAGUUAGCGCGUUGAUUCCAGGUAGUGUCGUUGCUCUCGACUGUUUAUGCAAAUCGUAGACGGUUUCCUACGCCCAGGCUUGAAAAGUGGUUUCCCAGGAGACGAGCGGCCCGCCCCGCGGCCUCGGUAUUUAUUGAGUGCGGAAGAUCGCGCGGGAAUUCUUUGCUCGAAUCCGAAUCCGUUACAGCGCCGGCGGCGCCGCAGCAGAGACCAGGACGGCCGGCCCCCCGGCGGCGGAGUCUGCAGGGUCGGCCCUCGGUUUACCGCGGGGGCGCGGCCGCCGCCGCCCCCUCAAGUGCAAUGCAAAAUGGACAUGGUGUAUACGCAGCGUCUGUGUGGACGUUGUCCUUGGCUUCUGUCGUCCGUUCGCAGUCCCGGGGUCUGUAGGCACGGGACGCCCCUGCCGUAGGUCGCUCCACCACGGGCAGUAGCGCCGGCUCCGCCUUGUUCGCCAGAGUUGUGCUUUUCCGUCAUUUCUUCAAGGGAAACUUAGUGGUUUAGUUGGAGCAAAGCUUUAAUGUGUCGGCUUCCGCGUGGCUUCCGUGUCGCCAGGCCCGCCCGGGGCCGCCCGUGUCUUCUGUCGGGCGCCCCUUGGGGCCACGGGCCGGGCCGGCUGCCUCCCCAGCGUCGGGUGGCGCCUCUGCCCCCAGGGCCCUCGCCUCCCGCCCCUCCCUGCGGGGGGCGCCCGCGGGAGCCGGGGUGGGCUCCCUUCACCAGCAGCUCGCACUCGGGGCCCUGGCCUGGGCGGGGCGCCCGUCCUCCGGCCGCUCCAGCGCAGGGCCCGCGCCUGGCCCGCGGCCGGCCCAGCUGCGAGGACAGGCUGUUGACUCCCGUCCGUAAAACCCGUCAUCCAGACAGCGCGUGUUCACUUUAAUCCUCAUGGUUUCUCUCGCGAGGAGGUUUUUAACGAAGGGAAAACCAACAGCAAUAACCUUGAUUCUCGAGCAGCUACCCCGGCGGCGCGGCCCGCAGCGCCGGCGGCCGCAGCCCUGUACAGACCCGCUCGGCGCCCUGUAUCAUACGUGUACAUGGUGGUCCCUUCUCACCUGGUAAUCGUCUGUUUUCUGGGUUGUUUUUAACAAGAAAAACGCUCACGUGCGGGGUCGGAGCCCCGCCCCGCCCGCCCCGCCCCGCCCGCGGGCUGUUUCUGUUCUUGCUUUAAGUCAGGAGUCACAAAUGACAUUUUUUUUCAAUUAAGGAAAAAAAAAAAAAAAAGAACCCCCGGACCCUCGUAGCCACCUGCCCCCGCACCGCCCCGGACCUCUGCUGCUGCUAAUGACAAUACGACGCUUACUCUGCUACUCGAAGACUAUUUUUAUGUCAUUAAUGUAUGCUUUCUUGUUUAUAAAUGCCUGAUUUAAACAGAA